AGGAGAGAGACUGCUCAUUAUCUGUAUAUUGGUGACAGAGCGACCGGGACAACUGAGAUUUUACAUCGCCGGGAUCUGGCGUGUAUACCCUCACACGCUAGACUCUUCCCCCGACAAGCGCAACAGAUCCCAGUUGUGUUCGUGGCCUGCCCGACAUGCAUUCGGGCUGCCACUAAACCUGGAGAAGAACACUAGUUGCAGUAGGAAUUCAGUUUGAAGUUCGGAUGAGUGGGGCAAUGCAGGCAACACACCAGAGACAACUGAAGAACCUGAGGUUUCUGAUUCUAUGUUUUUCGGUGGCCAUCCUAGCGUCGGGAGUUGACGCAGGUGGAAAGAAGCACAAUGGGCCAUGUGGAGGGAGAGACUGCAGCGGAGGGUGUCAAUGCUUCCCUGAGAAAGGUGCCAGAGGCCAACCUGGUCUUCUUGGUUCUCAGGGCCCCCAGGGGCCUCCAGGACGUCUAGGGGACCCAGGAGUCCAGGGAGUCCAGGGAGAGAAGGGCGACAGGGGCAGAGGAGGCUUCAUCGGCCCCAAGGGUUCUGUGGGGAUGACUGGUGUUCCUGGGUUUUCCGGGUUGGACGGUAUUCCUGGCCACCCAGGACAGGCUGGGCCUCGUGGGAAACCUGGAGCAGACGGGUGCAACGGAACACACGGAGACUCAGGGUCGGCAGGGCAACCAGGCUACGAUGGCCAGCCCGGGUAUAAUGGUCAGAUGGGCAGGAAGGGACAGAAGGGAGACACUCUGGAGCUGAGUGUGUUCAUGGAGCGCUUCAGGGGAGAUUCAGGCCAGCCUGGAUAUCCUGGAUUAGUUGGUCCUCAGGGUUACCCAGGUCGGUCUGGCUACAGAGGACUCCCGGGACCACAGGGCCCACAAGGGUAUCCUGGUCUUCCUGGGCCAAAGGGCACCAUGACCAAAGUGUUGAAAGGGGUCAAAGGAGAACCUGGUGACGCUGGAAAGCCUGGUCCCCAAGGGAACUCCACCCAUUCCCAGACCAGUCCAAUUACUGGACCCAAUGGCAUAAAGGGUGCGAAAGGGUUGAAAGGUGAUACUGGUCCUGAGGCUGACAACAAAGGAGAGACUGGUGUUAUAGGGAUGCCUGGACAACGGGGCAUCCCUGGUCGGGAUGGAGAGCAAGGACUGAGGGGGGACUUGGGAGAACCAGGACUGAGGGGCAGAGAUGGUCAAAAGGGUUCCAGAGGAGAACAAGGGGAGCUGAUUUAUCAUGAUGGUCCCUCAGGAGGGCAGGACAGAGUUGGUCCCCCUGGUCCUCCUGGACAGCUGGGUCCCCAGGGCCAGAGGGGUCUGGAGGGGGAAAAAGGUCUUCCAGGCCGCGCUGGACCUCCUGCCAGGAAGGAUCAUGAUCAACAACAAGUGGUGGAUCUGUGGGGUCCAUUCGGAGAGCCGGGGGUAAAGGGAGAGAUGGGCGAACCUGGAGAGCUAGGUAUCCCUGCCCUCAGCCCCGGACCCCCGGGUAUCAAUGGCCUGCCUGGGCUCGGGGGCCCACCCGGACCACCAGGAUCAUGGGCGGACUUCUACAAGGGAUUUUCAGGGCCGAGAGGGCGGCCCGGCUCUGCGGGAAGAAAAGGACUGAAAGGUGAUCACGGGUUGUGCGAGUGCAACAUUGUCCAUUCCCCUCCGGGCCUGCCCGGCCCUGCUGGUAGCCAAGGCGACACUGGAAAGAGUGGCGAGGUUGGUCAGCAGGGAGAGUCAGGAGAGCCAGGACCCCGAGGUGUCAUCGGACUUCCUGGGUUCCCUGGUGCCACAGGACAACCGGGUCCAAAGGGCAGGAAGGGCGACUUCAUUCAGGCCAAAGAGAAAGGAUAUGCCGGAGACCCAGGAGACCCAGGUGCGACAGGUGACCCAGGAAUGCAGGGCUUACCUGGGCCCAGUGGGAUCAAUGGAUUCCCUGGGAAUCGUGGUCCUUCAGGAGAUGCACCUGCUGGGCUCACUGGAGAAAAAGGUUAUCAGGGCCGGCCGGGUCUGCCUGGGUUGUUGGGACAGAUGGGAGAACCAGGACGGGUUCUAGGUGCAACUAAAGGGGUUCGAGGGUUGCAAGGCGAUGAUGGGGAGCGGGGUCAUGCUGGUAUCGAAGGUCGAGCUGGCGAUCCAGGAGUGUCUGGCUGUAGUCCGAGAGGAGAUGGAGAACAGAAUGACAUCACAGGUAGCUGGACUAACACCAUUUUGAUCAAGUUACUCAACUUCACGACUGGUGAUUGCGAUGCCAUACCUGGACCUCCCGGUAUACCAGGACCACCAGGACCCCACGGGUUAGAAGGUUUCCUAGGUCUCCCAGGUCAAAAAGGAUCAACAGGUCUACUUGGAGAUAACGGGGCCAAAGGAGAGAUAGGAGAUCAAGGCAGAGGAGGGUCACCUGGAUAUCCAGGUUUUAGGGGCCUCCAUGGAGACUUGGGUCAGCCCGGCUCAAAGGGUAAUUCUGGAACCCAAGGUCUGCCAGGUCAACAGGGUCGGAACGGGGAGCCAGGAGAGAAGGGACCUCACGGGGAGAUCUGGGGAGCGUCGACCGGACAACGUGGAGAAGUGGGUCUUCCUGGAGAGCAGGGACCUAAAGGGCUCAGCGGAGAGCCUGGAAACGAGGGUUACCCAGGGAUGGGUGGCAUGCCUGGUAUGAUUGGGUUCAAGGGCGACGUAGGUCCUUCAGGUCUGCAAGGGGAGCAAGGAGGACCGGGAGCUGCUGGGAAGUAUGGCUGGCCAGGUGUACCCGGAACGGCUGGUGUCCCUGGACCAACAGGAAGCACCGGACAACCAGGUUUGAGCGGAAACAGGGGUGAUCAGGGGGACCCUGGCACACCAGGGCCCAUAGGAAUAAAGGGGACACUGGGGGAGUUUGGUAGUCAGGGCGCUGAGGGAAACACCGGAGACCAGGGUGACCCCGGAGUGCCAGGACCUACAGGACACUCUGGCCUGCCAGGGUUCAAGGGUAUCAAAGGGUCUCGUGGCAUGUCAGGGUUUGGAGGAAUGCCUGGUGUGUCGGGCCUGAAGGGCUUCUCUGGACAGAAAGGAGAGACUGGCAAUCCCGGCGAAUUUGGACAGAAAGGAAACAUGGGCGACUAUGGUUCAAAGGGUGACCGUGGUCUGAGGGGUCCAGCUGGCGAGAAACCCCACAUCCCUCGUCAGAUCAUCAAAGACAUGAAGGGGACAAAGGGAGAAGAUGGAACCACAGGACAGAUCGGAUUCACUGGACCCAGAGGUCCUAAAGGUUUUCCCGGUGUUCCGGGAAUGGAGGGCUACCACGGCGUUCCCGGAGACCCCAGCGAUGAGAAGGGUUUCCAAGGCAACCCAGGCGCGCAGGGACUUCCGGGGCCAAAAGGAAUGCCUGGUCUGACAGGAUCAAACGGAAUCAGCGGCUUUCCCGGGAUGUCUGGUCACAGGGGGGAUAAAGGUAACCCCGGUGCCUACGGAUCCUCAGGAGAUCCAGGAGUGAAGGGUGUCAAAGGUGAGGGGGGUGCCGUAAUCGACAUGCCCGGAUCCACAGGACUGAGGGGGGAGGAUGGUUUCCCUGGGGUUCCAGGUCAGAAGGGCUACAUUGGGAAUCUGGGAGACAGGGGAGGUGGAGGUUUCCAUGGUAUUGAGGGCAUGAAGGGCGUGCCAGGUGAACCUGGCACAGGAGGACCUGUAGGAUCUGAUGGUCAACAAGGGUUUCCAGGCAACCAGGGUACGAAGGGAUGGCCUGGGGUCCCCGGAGAAUCAGGCACACAUGGACAACCAGGCUUCCCCGGACAGAGAGGUUUCCCGGGACUAAAGGGUAUAUUCGGACUGGAUGGGCUGAAGGGUCAGAAGGGAAUCCCUGGACUUCCAGGUCAGGAUAACUUUGGAACCCCAGGUGACCCCGGUGUUAAGGGAGCGAGGGGAGAGACAGGUAUACCCAACUCCGAGGUCGGGACACCCGGAUCGCUGGGUUUGAAGGGAGUUCAAGGACAACCAGGUGACCAGGGCCAGGUGGGACCCCCAGGGUUUCAGGGCCCCCAAGGGCCACAGGGCACCUCAGACAGACCCGGACCUUCAGGAGAACCUGGCUUCCCUGGACCCAAAGGACUGCCAGGUUUCCCUGGGCCCCGUGGUUUACCUGGUGAGCCCUCUCAAUAUGGAGAGAAGGGUUUAACUGGCCAGUAUGGCGUCACUGGAUUCCCUGGUCUGAAAGGAAAGCAGGGGGAUCAGGGACCAUCAGGAUACCAAGGACAGAGCGGAGUGUCUGGGAAGAAAGGUGUGAAGGGAGGUCAGGGGAUGAUGGGAUUUCCUGGUAGGUCUGGUUUCCAAGGAGACCGAGGUCCUUCCGGCCCAAAAGGAAGUACUGGACUCACAGGUUAUCCAGGAUUCCCAGGUAACCAGGGCCCAGCCCCACUACCCACCAGGAUGCCAGGAGAGAGGGGUGCUCCAGGUCCUCAGGGUAUCCGAGGACCGGAGGGGGUACGAGGGGAGAGCGGCCCUAUAGGACCCCCUGGAGAUCCAGGUUACUUUGGGCCCCAGGGGCAGAAGGGGAUGCCAGGGGUGGGUGGCAGACCAGGUACCCCUGGGUACCGUGGGAAUGUUGGAGGGAGGGGCCAUCUUGGUCUGCAAGGCAUGGAAGGUCACCAUGGUAACCCAGGAACUACAGGGUUGCAUGGCAUGCCGGGCCGCAGUGUGAGCGUGGGAUACCUGCUGGUGAAGCACAGCCAAUCAGAGCAGACCCCCAUGUGCCCCGUGGGCAUGUCGAAGCUGUGGGACGGCUACAGUCUGCUGUACUUCGAGGGCCAGGAGAAGGCCCACAACCAGGACCUAGGUCUGGCGGGCUCCUGCCUCCCUCGUUUCAACACCAUGCCCUUCCUGUACUGCAACCCCGGAGACGUCUGCUACUACGCCAGCCGCAACGACAAAUCCUAUUGGCUGUCCACCACCGCGCCCCUUCCCAUGAUGCCCGUGGAGGAAGGUGAUAUCAAACCGUACAUCAGCCGCUGCUCUGUGUGCGAAGCUCCGUCCGUCGCCAUCGCCGUGCACAGCCAGGAUAUUACCAUCCCACAAUGCCCUGCUGGCUGGCGCAGCUUGUGGAUUGGCUACUCCUUCCUCAUGCACACGGCAGCAGGUGACGAGGGUGGGGGUCAGUCUCUGUCGUCUCCUGGUUCCUGUCUGGAGGACUUCCGUACCACGCCCUUCAUCGAGUGUAACGGGGCCAAGGGCACCUGCCACUACUUCGCCAACAAACACAGCUUCUGGCUCACCUCCAUCGAACAGUCCUUCCAUGCAGAACCUGCCUCAGAGACCCUGAAAGCAGGCCAGCUCCUCUCACGCAUCAGCCGUUGUCAGGUCUGCAUGAAGAACCUGUGACCUGGUUUACCCUAAGAUGUCAUUUCCUGUGACCAUACCCCCCUGCCAAACACAAUUCAGGUAGUUAUUGCCUUUGGUCUUAGGCACAGAUCUAGGUUUAGCUUACCCUCCCCAAUUCUUAACUGUAGCCAUGAAGCGGAAACGCAACACUAACCUUAGAUCAGCAUCUAUGGGACAGCUUCAUCCUACUCCCCCGAACCUUGACUAGUGAGGAGUGAAGGAGUGUGUGAACGCUUCAAAUGGAGAGCAAGUAUGCGGUGUUAAGAAAUAAAUCCCUGCCAUAAAGUUAGCGAUAUGAAAUAUACAUGUAAAUGCUUUUUAAUUGUUUGUCCUAUUUGAUAUGGUGCUCUUAACUUAUUACCUCAGCUAUAAUUAUACACCAAAUAUGUUUAACUGACCAUACCAAGAACAUACAGCUGAAACAACCAAAGAUGCCCGUGUGUGUGUGUGUGUACGCACCGCUUCAGUUAUCAAAUUGAUUAAAGUGUACCGCUUCAGUUAUUACAUUUUUUUUAAAGUUUGUUUUAUUAUUCAGGUAUAAGUGCUAAUGCCACUUCACUAAUAGUGACCCUCAACCAAUUGUAAAUUAGGUUUGGUUGAUGUUUUCGCUCUUAACAUUCAGUAUUAUUCUGCUUUACAUUGUGUUCGCACAUAACAUAAGAGCCACUGUGCAAACCGUUGCCUCAGUUUGUUCGCUAUAUCAAUAUAUUUUACAGCUCUUACCCGAACGUGACAUUCACAAAUCGCUUUGAUCACAAAAUGCACUGAUUUACUUUAUAUUUAUAUCUGCUGAAUGAACUUAAUUCACUCAUAACUAAAAACUUCUUUUUUUUUACCCAUGACAUCACAUUUUCCCAGUAUACAUUGUUCAUAUGAAACAGUCAGCUCAGUCUCUGCUGGAAUCAAGCCAGCACAGAAAUGCAAACAACUCUGUCCAAAGUCUAAGCUACAAGGACUGUUUGAACAAAAUCUGGUCAGCGAUCCCUCCAGAGCAUGUAUUUGUUUAUCACAUUCUAGGUCCUAAGAAGUCUGUUGAAUUUGCCAUUAAAAUAACACCAGUUUUAUAUUGUACAUUUCCAGCCACUUCAGAUGAACGGCUUUAUUUGGCCAUUAGUUCAAUGUAAUUAUGUUGAAUACCAUUAGGUGCUAUGAAUCCAUAGAAAUGUAUUGUAAUGGUGUCAUAACUAAAAUAAAUGGUUUUGUUUGUUGAA